AUGACCCCCCAUAGUGCCGUCCUCCACCGACACACGCACUUCGUUCCCAAAAAGGCCGUCGGUGGCAAAGGCAGCUACAUAUUCCUCGAAGACGGCACUAAAUUCCUUGACUCGACCGGCGGCGCAGCCGUCUCGUGUCUGGGUCACGGUCACGAGAAAGUCAGUCAAGCGGUGAUCCAGCAGAUCGAACAGCUCUCGUACUGUCACUCUGCGUUCUUCGGGACCAAUGUGGCGGAGGAAUUGGCAAGAUUUCUAACUGAUUCGACUGGUGGGAGGCUGUCGAAGUUGUAUGUUGUUAGUUCAGGCUCCGAAGCCGUCGAAGCAGCCCUCAAACUAGCCCGUCAAUACUACCUCGAACUCCCCGUCCCUCAACCCCAACGCACACGCUUCAUCGGCCGAUCUCCCUCCUACCACGGCAUCACACUCGGUGCCCUAGGCGCCGGCGGGCACGUUCUUCGUCGAGAGCCCUUCGAGCCUCUCCUCGCGCAGAACACAUCCCACGUCUCGCCGUGCUACGCCUACCGAGGAAAGUUGGAUGGUGAGUCAGACGCGGACUAUGUCGCCCGGCUGGCGGCCGAGCUGGACGCCGAGUUCCAGCGUGUUGGACCUCAGAAUGUGUGCGCUUUUAUUGCGGAAACGGUUGUGGGCGCGGCCCUCGGCGCCGUCCCCCCCGUCCCAGGCUAUCUCUCCGCUAUAAAAGCCAUCUGCACAAAACACGGCGCACUCUUCAUCCUCGACGAAGUAAUGAGCGGAAUGGGCCGCACGGGCACCCUGCACGCAUGGGAGACCGAAUCCGUGGUCCCGGACCUCCAAACCAUCGGAAAAGGCCUCGGCGGCGGAUAUGUGCCCGUCUCGGGAGUGUUAAUUGGCGACGAGAUCGUGCGGACGUUGGAUCGCGGCACGGGCGUGUUCCGGCACGGUCAGACCUACCAGGGACAUCCGAUUUCUUGUGCGGCGGCGCUGGCUACGCAGAGGGUUAUAAGGGAGGAAGGUCUGCUGGAGAAUGUUAGGGUUUUGGGGAGAUAUUUGGGGGAGAGGCUAAUGGAGAGGGUUGGCGGGUGUAAGUAUGUGGGGGAUGUUCGGGGGAGGGGGCUGUUUUGGGGGAUUGAAUUCGUCCAAGACCGCACGACUAAGGAACCCUUCCCGACGUCUGCGAAUGUGGCCUUCCAGAUCCAGGAGACGGGGCUGGACCCGGCGUUUGCGAUCUCGUUGUAUACGGCGUCCGGCACGGUGGAUGGCACGCGUGGUGAUCAUGUUCUUCUGGCACCGCCGUAUAAUGUCACCAGGGAGGAGAUCGAUCUGAUUGUGGAGAAGACGGGAAGGGUGAUUGAGAGUGUUUUUGCGAGGGUGGAGAAGGAGAUGGAGAGGACUACGAUUGGGACUGACUGA